AGAGCCUAUUAGAUAGAGAGGCCAAGCCGAGGCAGCUCAAGAAGCGCACAGAGUUCAGCCAAACUCCUCGGGCAGCAGGGAACGCAUGCAGCUCAGCUCGGGGCAGGGCAGCAGUGGCACCUGAAUCCCCAGGGCCAGGGAGACCAAUCCCAAACGCCGGAAGCGUUGGCGGCGGCCCUUCGUUGGGGAAUUGGCCGAGUGGGCCAGGGGAAGGAGGGAGGAAAGGCAAACUUUUCCAGAAAGGAGAGGAACUGGUACCCGCCGCCCCCGCUACCAUUGCCGCCGCCACCACUAUCACCGCGGCUCUACUAUCACGUUCCUUUUCCCUUCCAGCUCAGUUCCCAUCUAAAAGGCAGAGACAGCUCCGGAACUUUUCUGCCACUUGCAGAGAAGAGCAACCUGCCUGCUUACUACACCCCCACCCGCCCCCUUUCCGCUGCCCGGCAGGCUUAGGAAUAGGGUGGAGAGGAAGGAGAGGGCUGAGACUGAAAACUAGCCCUUCUCAUCCACCUUGCGCCCGGACUGGGUGAAAAGUAAUCGACUAUGGGGAAACAUUAAUAAAUUUGUCCAGAAACUACUGAAAGAAGACACAGAAAGUCAUCCGCGGAUCCAGGGGAAGAGAGGAGUACCGUUGGCCAAAAAAGAGGAGGUAAAGGAAGAGGAGGUAGUGGUGGUGAAAAGGCUGAUUGUACAGCCCCAACGGACCUGAGCGCAGUAAUGUCAACAUGAUGUUUUACAGAAGUCGAAUGUGGAGCUAUCAUUGGAAAUGGAAGUUGCAGCCUCUUCUGGUCCUCCUUAUUCUAUAUGCUGUUUGUGUGCAUCAUUCAGUUUGGGGCUGUGCCAACUGCAGAGUGACACUCUCCAGUCCGUCUGGGACUUUUACCUCUCCGUGCUACCCUAACGAAUAUCCAAACAGCCAGGUUUGCAUGUGGACACUCCGAGCUCCAACUGGAUACAUCAUUCAGAUAACAUUUAAUGAUUUUGAUAUUGAAGAAGCUCCCAAUUGCAUUUAUGAUUCAUUAUCCCUUGACAAUGGAGAAAGCCAGACUAAAUUCUGUGGAGCAACUGCCAAAGGUUUAUCGUUUAACUCAAGUGCAAAUGAGAUGCAUGUGUCCUUUUCAAGUGACUUUAGUAUCCAGAAGAAAGGUUUCAAUGCCAGCUAUAUCAGAGUUGCCGUGUCCCUGAGGAAUCAGAAAGUCAUUAUCCCCCAGGCCACAGAUGCUAACCGGGUAUCUGUUGCAAAAACUGUCUCGAUUCCAGAACUUAGUGCCUUCACUGUGUGCUUCGAAGCAACAAAAAUUGGCAAUGAAGACAAUGAUUGGAUAGCUUUCUCCUACUCAGAUGCUUUAUCAACACAAUUAUUGAGCUUUGGGAAGGCCAAAAGGGGCUAUUUCCUCUCCAUCUCUGGAGUAGAAUGCUUGCUAAACAAGGUGUUAUUGGUAGAUUCAAAUGAAGACAUUUUCACAGAAAACUUUGAACAACUGUGCCUAAGUUGGAACAGCUCUUUAGGCUCUGUCAGUGUGAAUUUCAAAAGGAGCUAUGAAACAGUUAUAUGCAAUUCUACCAUUAGCAAAGUUAUUCCUGGGAAUGGGAAACUGCUGCUGGGAUCCAACCAAAAUGAAAUAGCCUCUUUAAAAGGGGACAUUUACAACUUUCGUCUUUGGAAUUUUACCAUGAAUUCCAAAACUCUGUCCAACCUCAGCUGUAAUGUGAAAGGGAACGUUGUCGACUGGCAAAAUGAUUUUUGGAAUAUCCCGACCUCAGUUCUGAAAGCUGAAAACAACCUAAGUUGUGGUUCCUACCUGAUUCCACUACCAGCAUCAGAACUCACUAGCUGUGCAGAACUGGGAACCCUUUGUCAAGCUACUGUAAACUCUCCUACUACACCACCCAUUGCUACCACUAACAUGCCUGUUACUAAUAGAGUCGAUAACCAAAGGAAUGAUGGCAUAAUUUACCGGAUUUCUAUUAUUAUUCAAAACAUUCUACGUCAACCUGAGGUGAAAGUACAGAGCAAGGUUGCAGAAUGGCUCAACUCUACUUUUCAAAAUUGGAAUUAUACAGUCUAUGUGGUCAAUAUCAGUCUUCAUUUGAACACUGGUGAAGAGAAGAUAAAAGUCAAAAGAAGUAUCGAAGAUGAUCAAAGGUUGAUGAUUCUGGCCCUUUUAGUUUAUAAUGCUACUAACAACAUCAGUUUGGAAGGCCAGAUUAUUCAGCAGAAACUCUUGGGAAGUAAUGAAUCUUUAGGUGAUGGCUUGAGGCUAUACACUGUCAGUGUGAAACAAAUUGGGACAUGUCCAGAAAAUGAACAACCCGAAGGCUAUAAAUGGUCAACCACAAAACCAGCUGUCCAAACAUAUCCAUGUAAAGGGAAACCUGGCUAUUUUGCAUCACGAACAUGCCUUCAGGAUACCACAAACAAAACCUUCUGGGGACCUCCUGAUUUAACGAAUUGUGCUGGAAUAACGAAUGAAAUAGCCAAUGAGCUUCUAAAUUUUACUAGUGAAGGACAGACCCUUACCUCGGCCAACAUAACCAGUAUUGUGGAGUACCUCAAAAAAAUCGUGAAUAAUGAAGAAAAUAUUGAUAUAUCUUUAGGCUCAACUGUAAUGACCAUAUUUUCCAAUAUCUUAACUAGUUCAGAUAAUGAAUUGCUGGAGUCUUCUUCUGAGGCUUUAAAAACAAUUGAUGAGUUGGCUUUUAAGAUCAAGUUAAAUAAUGAAGUACCUGUGAACAUUACAACUCGAAAUCUUGCUCUUGGGGUGUCAUCUCUGAUCCCAGAGACAUAUGAAGGUUCAACUUUCAGUAUUGGUCUUCCAAACAGUAAUGAUUCAUAUUUCCAGAUGGACUUCGAGACAGGUCAAGUGAAUUCUUUGGCUUCUGUCAUUUUACCCCGAAGUUUACUUAUGAAUUUAAGUAAAGAAGAAUCUGAAUCAGUGAAAAGAGCUCAAUUUACUUUCUUCAACAAAACUGGACUUUUUCAGGAUGUAGAAACUCAGCGAGACAAGCUAGUGAGCUAUGUGAUGGCGUGUAGUAUUGGAAACAUUAGUAUCCGGGAUCUUCAGGAACCUAUUCAGGUUAUAAUCAAACAUACACGAAAUCAGGUGCUUCAUCCCAUCUGUGUUUUCUGGGAUUUGAAUAAAAACAAAGGUUUCGGUGGCUGGAACACAUCAGGCUGUGUCGCACACAGAGACUCAAAUGAAAAUGAGACAGUGUGCUUGUGUAACCACCUCACCCACUUUGGGGUUCUGAUGGAUCUGCAAGGAACUGCUUCACAAAUAGAUGCACGAAACACUAAAGUCCUGACCUUUAUUACCUACAUUGGCUGUGGAGUUUCUGCUAUAUUUUCAGCUGCAACUCUCCUAACAUAUGUUGCUUUUGAAAAGUUACGGAGAGAUUACCCUUCCAAAAUCUUGAUGAAUCUUAGUACUGCCCUGUUGUUUCUAAAUUUAAUCUUCCUCCUUGAUGGUUGGGUCACUUCAUUUGACAUCGAUGGACUCUGUGUAGCCAUUGCAGCUCUUCUGCAUUUUUUCCUUCUGGCAACCUUUACGUGGAUGGGUUUGGAGGCAGUUCACAUGUACAUUGCUCUGGUUAAAGUAUUCAAUACUUACAUUCGCCGGUACAUACUGAAAUUCUGCAUUAUUGGCUGGGGUUUGCCUGCUCUGGUGGUAACAAUUGUACUAGCAAGCAGAAAUACAAAUGCAAAUAAAAUAUAUGGAAAAGAAGGUUAUGGUCAAGACAUCAAGGGGCAACGCAGUGAGUUCUGUUGGAUCCAGGAUCCAGUGGUAUUUUAUGUAACUUGUGCUGGUUAUUUUGGAGUCAUGUUUCUCUUGAAUGUUGCAAUGUUCAUUGUGGUAAUGGUGCAGAUCUGUGGAAGGAAUGGGAAAAGAAGCAAUAGGACCCUUCGAGAAGAGAUUCUGAGAAACCUCCGGAGUGUGGUUAGCCUCACCUUUCUGUUAGGCAUGACUUGGGGCUUUGCGUUCUUUGCCUGGGGACCCUUAAACAUUGCCUUCAUGUACCUCUUCUCCAUCUUCAAUUCAUUACAAGGAUUGUUUAUAUUUGUAUUCCACUGUGCUAUGAAAGAGAAUGUGCAGAAACAAUGGAGAAGACAUCUGUGCUGUGGAAGAUUUCGUUUAGCAGACAAUUCGGACUGGAGCAAGACAGCCACCAAUAUCAUCAAGAAGAGCUCAGAUAAUCUGGGGAAGUCAUUGUCAUCAAGCUCUAUUGGAUCCAACUCAACAUACCUUACAUCCAAAUCUAAAUCCAAUUCUACUACUUACUUCAAAAGAAACAGCCAUCCUGAGAGUGUUUUUGUGGACAAGUCCUCAUCAAAACUUACCCAUCUGGAUGGAGAACAAACAUCAAUCAUCCCAGUCCAUCAGGUCAUUGACAAGGUCAAAGGCUACUGCAAUGCUCACUCUGACAAUUUCUACAAAAACAUUAUCAUGUCAGAUACUUUUGGCCACAGCACAAAAUUUUAAUUGGACUUUAUUACAAUAAUAGAAAUAAGCUUCCAUCUCCCAAAUAGAGACCUACAGGCAAAGCAAACAGUAGGACUGCCAAAUGUAAAUGUGUCAUUACCUAGGUAAGACUAUACAUUGGAAAGAUAUGUUUGUUUGUUUGUUUUUAAUUACAAAUACUAUUGUGACAUUUAUAAUGGAACUCAUCUGUGCCUUUCCCCCAUGUUGGAGUCUUUCAUCAUCCCCUAAACUUUAGCUUUCUGACUCAGUAGCCACAGGGAACACUAUGUAUUUUUAUAGUUGAAUCAGAUCAUUCAGAACUGAGGAAUAUUUAAAAGCCAGAGGCUGAGAUAAAAAGAAACAGUCAAAAAUAAGUACCAAUCAAGAACUUAACGCUGAUGGUGAGUUGUUUUGGACAUCAUCCUUUGUUACAUAUUCUUCUUCUACAUUUGAAGAAAACAUGAAUUUUCAUCACCAUAUGUGACUGGUUCUCUACAAGCCCUCCCUCAAAAGUAGUUCCAUAUUUCCAUCAUGUGCCUGCCUUGUAGGUGAAAUUUCAAGCAGAAAAAAAUACAAUUUUGAUUCUCUCAUCCAAAGAUUAUAAAGGAUUAUUUGUUAGUUAUUUUUAACUAUACCAAAGUUAAUUGCUUAACAACACUUCUUAAGUGAGAGCACACUUUCACCUUUCACAUUUCACCAACAUCUUUAUCUUGUCAAGCACACAUAAAUUUCUUAGAUGUCUCAUGGUUUCUGUAUACAUAAUAUAUAAACAACCAUCAGACAAUAUAAUGUAAGGAUCAGAAGUUAAAGAAGUGUCAGUACUUUUCUCCUAAAGGAUACCAAAGGGUUUAAUUAAGAUAUUUCUUUCUCCUUUUAAAAUUAUAUUUGAAGAUGCCUAAGGGCAAAAUGAUUCCAUCUGUUGACACAGCUUCCCCCAUUUUGAGAAAAGCAACAUAGAGAGAGAAGAGCCACAAUCAUACCUCUUCCUCCCAGAAAGUAGAGUAUGGUUAUAUAUAUAUAUAUAUAUAUAUAUAUAUAUAUAUAUAUAUGGAAAAUCCCAUUCUCUUCUAAGCAACUGAUUUUCUCUAUUUUUAGGGGGAGGGGAUAUUAUCUAUAGAUCCUCUAUGUUCCUUUAGUCUCAUAUGUGGAAGGAUUUAAAGUGUACACACUGGGAAUCUAAUCAGCUUUUCAAGCAUUUAUUCUUACAGACAGUCAGAGUAACUGCUUAUCCACUCAGAGGUUACACAUCCCCUGAGUUUGCAGUGGCUGCUGUUGGGAUGUCUGUUCAUAAGUUCUGUGGAUGUACCGUGAAAUAGUAUGUUUGUGAAGGAAUCUGGCACUAAUAGAUCAUAUUUGGGGUAUUACAAUAUGGCUUCACUCUCCUGAUUUCAUACAUAUGGAUGACAUUUUCAAGCACUUGAAGAGAGCCUUAAUUGUUUUUUUAGGGUGCUGGCAGGGAAUAGAUGCUUGAUAGUUACAUAGUACAUAGAAGAGUGCAUUUUUACUUUGCUUAAAGCAAUGGCUGUGUUAAAUGGAGCUUUUUUUCAGAAUUUACUUUAGCACAUGCUGUACUUUUAAUAUUCACUCCAUGCCAUCUGGGAAACAGCAUGGAAAGCAUCCAUUUCUAGGUAGACAGCUACCCCAACUGUGAGAAAUGCGACCUGCUUGGAGACCUGGACAGCAAGUUUCUUUAAAUGCCUUUCUAGCAAUCUGAGUCUAUGGCUUGCCCUGUAUCUUAGAACAGCAUGAAACUAGGUCUUUCGCUUAAGGCAGCCCAAAGUGAUCCAAACAUAUUUUUAAAUGUAGCACAUUUUUGAGUGCCACAGCCAAGGAUUCUGAGCCACUUGUCUCAAAGGCUCUUGCUAGUUCUCAGCUGAGGAGGAGUUGCCAUUCUUUACUAGCUUGAUGAGGUCAUCAAGUGAUGAGAUUCUGGGUCUUAAUACUGGUAUUCCCCUUUGCUUGUUUAUUCAGAAGAACACUUGAAAUAUUACUCCAGCAGAGGUGGCCAGGUGUUGUACCUCACUAUUACAAUACAAAAUAAGCAGGUUGAGAAGUGAACUCUACCCACUAGAAAAACAAAAUAAAAUAAACCAAAAAAAAUCCCUCACCAUUCUUGUAGAACAGGUGUUCUCAACUUGAUUUUUUGUAAUGGGUUUCUUUUAUACUCUGGUGAAGCUUAUGGGGCCUUCUUGGAAUAAUAUUUUCAGAUAUAUAAAGUAAAAUAUAUAGACAUAAUGGAAACCAAUGCUUUAAUAUAGUUAUCUAAAUAUAAAAUAUAUCUAAAGUUAAAAGUUCAAGGAUCCAAGAUUAAGAGCCCCUACUAGAGCCUUGUUUAGAUGAGAUUAAAUUUAUUGAAACCUUAAACUUAAAUGUUCAGAGAACUCAACCUGCCUUUAUCUAAGAAGUCUAUCCACCAUACUAAUCUGCCUUUCUUUAGAGAGUCAUAAUGAAAUUCACUUAACAGUUUAUUGCUGAGAUAUUUCCCCUUCAAAGUAAGUUUACUUGACAAUGCUUAAAAUAUAGUUUUAAACCAACCUCUAUUUUAUAUUUCUCAUAAUAUCCACCAAAUAACAGGAAAAUAUUCCUAUGGAAAAGGAGUAAAUAAACCAACAAAGAAAUACAAACAGAAUGAAGAUAUUGGUCAAAUUCUACCCUCAGUCCCUAAGUCCUAAUCCUUAGUAUUUUAAAAGUAUGAUAGGAAAGAAUUUGACUUAGGGAAUAUAAUGGCUUAUACUUUAAUAUCCAAUCUUUGAAAAUCAUUGAUUGUCCUUUAAGGAGAGCUGCCUUUUUUUCUUUUCUUUUCUUUUCUCUCUCUCUCUCUCUUUUUUUUUUUUUUUUUUUUACUACCAUGUAGUAGAGUUGCAAUCAUCAAUCUAAGAUGCUUUCAGUUUUUGUCACCAUAGCUUGCAGUGUAAAGAUUUCUUUUGUCUAUUGUUGGUAUAAUCUCCCAUGUACAUAUUUAUUUAUUUUUGUGUCUUCAAGUGUUACUUUUUUUCAAUAGCUUUAUACUGUCUUUGUUGUUUAAAAAAAAAAAAACUUUCCUUUGAAAGGUAAAUGAGAGGGUGGGGAGGGAAGAGAGAAAUAUUGUAUAUAUUUUCCAAACACUUUGUGAAAUAUUUUCUGUAGCACUCUGUUUGAUGAAGAAAAAUGACUGUGAGCAUAAGAUGAAAUUAUUAGUAAGAAGUUAGCAUAGUAGAUUUGCCAUUUCCCUAAAAUGGAAAAUAUUUUUCAAAUAAAUACUUAUGAUGUUAAUAUUCCAAAUUAUUAAAUUCCUUUAUGAGUGAAUGUUUUUGUUUCUGACCGUUCAAUAGGAAAAGAUUAUUUGACAGCUGGAAAAUAACCUGUCACCAAUUAAAUAUGUGACAUAGAUUUGUGUUUGCCAAAUCAAUAGAAAUAAACUUGUAACCAGUCUCUAAAUUUCUGGGAUACAAAUACACUUCAAAGCCUUCUAUUUUCAUCAGUUACUGAUGCAAUGUCAAACAUUGUGGUUGAUUGAGAUCAGUGUAUGUUUCUUCACUGGGAAGCCCUCAGUUUUCCAAGUAAAGAAUUCAAGAAAAAUCUUCAUUACUUGGGAGAUUGAAGAUUAGAUUGCCUUUUCACUGAUAACUAGUCAUUGCUUCCACUGCUCAGGGACUAAAAUGUGGCAAUUUCAGCCAACUGAAUUUUCACAGUGAGUUACAGGGUGCUACCAGCCAUUUCAUUAGAACAGUGGUUAUUUAGGGUAAUCCCCUUUCUUGAGAAAGCCAAGGCUCAAUUUGGCCCUCAGCCUCACUCAGCAAGGUUUCUGCUGAAUAUUAAAUUGUGUGUCACUCUGGCAAAUGAUUACUAAGAUCAUCUUAGCCAACUGUCACAACUCCUGGCCAAACCAAGUUAGGAAAACACACGAGCAGUUGCUUAUGGCUCAUCUACAGAAACAUAUUACAAUGUUACUUCAGAAAGUACUGGAGGGAUGGGGGACAGAUUCUCAUUUGAUCUGCAGGCUAACUUGUGCCUUAUUGGAGAAAAUGUAUUUGUAGUAUUUCUGAAAUGUGGAGGAAUUGGACUUUAUAAAAACAAUGUUUUGGAAGUGCUUCAGAGUAUCCAGUUGAAUAACAUUCCUCUACUCCCAGAUAAAGCCAUCAAGACACCCCCCCCCUUUUUUUUUCCUCUUUCAUUUCAAAGUGUAAUGGUUCAAGUAACAGCUUUGUUUUUCUGCUACCCUGGAGAAAAUGAAAAUAAAUAUGAAAUUUUGCCUUCAUAUUCCACAGCCUGUCAGCAAAACAAGGAAAUACAAUUCAUUCCAUUGCCAUAAGUAGCUCAAAAUUGAGGUAAGAAUCUAGGAAAAGAGGCAACUCCUUUCCCCAAGAUUCUUGGUUAUAUUGGAUUGAAAGAUCACUUUUUUUGCUGCCUUUGGAAUUCGAAAGAUGUUUCUACUCACCUAGGCACCCAUUCUUGCAAGAAUGUAAAAUA